AAUCAUGGACGCGUUUGUGACACAGAUUGCAAAAAUCGCUCCCUGCCGUGAAGCGAUCGUCCGCAAGCUCUACAAGUACUACCUUACGGGCGAUCCUUUCCCACCAGCCCUCUAUAUCUAUGGCCAGUCUUCGACCGGCAAAUCUACGAUUGUGCGCGAAGUGUUCCAUAACGAUGCGAACGGUUUACGGUGCGCGCACAUCAACGCAAUCAGCUGCUACACCAACAAGUUACUGUUCGAAAGCAUUGUCCGGCAGCUGGAAGGUGCCGAGUUGACACCGGCCAACAAUUACAGCUACGAUCGGAAGCUGGAAUAUGCGAAGGAUUUCCUUGCCGCCCUGCAACAGCUCGAUGCGUCCGGAGCGUACGUAAUAGUGGUCCAGUAUGCAGACCGGCUUCGUACGAUGGCACACAAUUUGUUGCCAUUGUUUCUACAGCUGCCAGAAGCGACCGGGUUGAACAUUUCCGUCGUGCUGCUGUCUUCGCUGCCGUUCGAGAAAUUCUACAUCAAAACAGGCCUACCGCCAAUAGUGAAGCUGUUCGUGCCGGAGUACACACGCAAUGAAAUCGGACGCAUACUGAUGAACGAUUAUGCUGCGCACAUCGAACGGCUUGCGGAGCAGGAAAACUCCACCGCAAAUGACCAAAAAUGGUUGGCUUCUAUCACGCAAGAUUUCCACUGCAACUACAUCAACCUGUUUCUUGGUACGUUUUGGAAGGUGUGUCGCGAUGUGAAAGAGCUACGUCUGGUCGCUGCCGAAUGCUUCCUUCCGUAUUGUGAACCCAUACGGGACGGUACGAUCCCAGCCACCGAUUCCAUCUGCCUGUGGCGCAACAUAACGAAAACGCUCAAGCUAGCGCUUAGCACGAUGUACAUGCGGCUCGGAACGGAACAUUCCACCGGCCGACCGGAGAAGACAUCAGACAUUACCGCUGCCCAGUAUAUCGAGCUGCCGUAUUACGCCAAGUAUCUGCUGAUUGCCGCCUACCUGGCGAGCAACAAUGCUACGAAGGAGGACAAACGGCUGUUCGUGAAGAAUCAUGGCAAGCAGCGUAAACGGUUGCAGACGGUAAAUGCAAGGGCGAAGGUGGUAGAAAAGAUGGCAACCAAGCUUGGCCCGAAAGCGUUCAACGUUGACCGGCUGCUGGCCAUCUUUUACGCCAUACUGGACGAGAAGGUCGGUCUGACGUGCAAUCUGAUGACACAGAUUUCAACGCUGGUACAUCUGAAGCUGCUCGCGUACGCGUCGGUCGAUGGCGGCACGGGAAUGUUGGACGGUUCGGUUACGCGGUUCAAGUGCACCGUCGGAUUGGACUUUAUCAUGCACGUUGGUCGGAUGGUGGGCUUUAAUGUGCGUCAGUACUUGACCGAUUUCUUCUAAACCUU